GUAUCAGUUAACAACGAAACUUCAAAAUAUUAACGUAUCCAAAAAUAUUACCUAUAUCAUAGCAAAAUGUUUAUCAAGGCCAUCUGUUUCACAACCCUGCUCGCCGUGGCAGCGGCGCAGUACGGACACGGCUACGGGGAAGCUCACUCAUCCCAACACUUCAUCAAACACGACGGACAUCCUGAAGUGGUUCACGGACACCAUGGUCACCAUGACUACCAUACCCAUCCCCACUACCAAUUCGACUACAAAGUGGAGGACCACCACACUGGUGACAUCAAGUCCCAGCAUGAGGACCGCGACGGAGACGUGGUGAAGGGCGUCUACUCGCUGCACCAGCCCGACGGCUCCGAGAGGACCGUGCACUACCACGGGGACCAUCACACCGGUUUUCAUGCGGAUGUGAAAUUCGGAACUCAUCACAUCGUCCCUCACCAUCAUCAUUACUAAUCAAAAACAGAUGCUGCAUCAUCCAAUUUGUGAAUAAGUGCAACAUUGUUAUAUUAUUUCUUGCUAUGCUAAACCUGUACAAAUCUAAUAAAAAUAUCAAAUUUUA